AUGUGGAAGUUCAACGAAGAAGAGGAGAAUUAUAAAGAACGUUGCAAGAAGAAAAUCACCGAUUAUCUGAAAAUCCGUGGACCUUUCAUUGAAGAGGAUAUCAAGUUGACGGAUGACGAGAUAAGCGAUGCUAUUGACAACGGCGAUAUUUUCGAAAGGACAAAAGGUAUCCUCCUUGCAUAUAGCGACAAAAAAGCACUCUUCGAGGACGUCAAAGCACGACGUGAUGAAUUGUUUGAGAUCGAGAAGGUCAUCCGAGAACUGGGUGAAAUGUUUGUGGAUCUCAACAAUCUUGUCAUGAGUCAGGGGGAAAUGCUUGACCGGAUUGAGACGAAUAUCGAAGAUGCGGUGGAUUAUGCGGAGAAGGCGAAGCAGAAUGUCAAGGAUGCUCGGGAGCUUAUGAAGAAAGCACGAAAGGUGCAAGAAGAUCAUAAUCUGCAUAGUUCUCGCCAUACUGGUUCUCAUCUUGAUUAUCUUCAUACAGGCGAUGAUUUGUCAUUUCACUCCGAUUUGCUAGUCGUUCCAUAUUUCUACUCUGUUAAAGAUUUGCUCUUUUGA